AUGAAGCAGCCAGUGUUCCGAACGACACCCAGGAGGUGGAUCUACGCCAUAGUACUGCUAAUGAUGAUCACCCUAGCGAUCACAGCUGAGGCAGCUAAUGUGGCGACGAAAGAACGCAGUUCUGGAACCGGAAUCGCUGAGUCUCGGACAUUCGGGCGUAUCAGACGACUGCAAGCGAUGAUCGUUCCGGCGAUGUUUUUCCUGGGCGUGAUGAAGACCCUGUUCGCUCUGCUAGUUGCCAUCAGCUUAAAAACCCUGUUCGUCGGCGUCUCCAUACUGGCGAUUAACGUCGGGUUGGCAAUGGCGAAGGUGAUCGCGUUCUUCAAGAGCAAACACGAACACCACGGCGGGCAUGGUGGCGGAUGGGGUGACAAGAACAUUCACGUGCACAUCCACAAUGAUGGGUACGUCCAGCAUGGCAGUCUUCCAGUGGAGUUCGAUCACGUCCCACCCACGGGUUUGCAGCACGCGUCACCGAGUGUUUUCCCGAGCUAUGGACCACCUGUUCUCAACACGUAUCACCAGUCGAACCUGCGCUCCCGAAGUGAUAAUGUCGCCGAUCCGAUCUACGUCUCACCGACGGUGGAUCAGAACGAGAAUCUGUACCCGAAGGUGCUGAUCUCCGAUCGUGACAAGCUCGAUCAAAUCUACGCCCAGUGGCGUCAGCUGCAUCGGAAUGGGCGAUAG